AUGACGGAGAACACUAAAACGCACGUUAUAUUGCUGUCAUGUGGAAGUUUUAACCCCAUCACUAAAGGACACAUUCAUAUGUUUGGUAAGCAUUACCUACGCGCUGUUCUGUAUAUUUUGAAGAUAUGUUUUGUGCUCCAGAUGUUGUGGGUAGGAGAUAUGUUUAAGAAUGGCAAGGCGUUUAGGAGUCUAGGUUAGCAUGGAAAUUAACCUAUAUAUCAGCAUUAUAAUGUUAGAAUUGCGUGGUGUUGUUGGGUUGAUGUUUUGCCAUAGACCUUUAUUGGUAUUCGCUGUCCAUGAGGGAGGUGCUGAAAUGGGCUACGGCCUCAGUGAUGGAAAUGUGAUUAUGUCAGAAUGAAGUUAAUGGUCUAAUCAUUGUAAUUUCAGUUGGGGGUCUUUAUUUCACUCUCUGUUUUUGAACACUACGUAUGAAUGACAUUCAUUAACAACAGAACCAUUACAUCUACAGCUUUAGAUUAUCCUAUACAACUAUAUUGAGCGCACAGUAUGUAUCAUUUCAGUGUAGCCUACGUAGGUGUAUGCUGCAUAGGCUGACUAGCCCUGAAAACGACAGCAAAUGGACUUGAAAGAGCAGGCUAGGCUAGUUUGAGAUAUAAAUACAGCAUGUAUACGGAUGUGGAGCAACUGGACACAAGGGGCCUAUUCAGGAUGUUUGGGCAUUGGUUGCCUGAUAGCAGAUACUGCGUCACUCAUAAUGAAUGAGAAAUCGUAUCUCAAAUCAUAAUAGCAUACAAUCUUUCUGUGCAGCCGAUCAAUAAUGUAAAAUAAUUAGCUAAAACACAACUGGUAUUCACCAAUGAAUGGAAAUGCAGCAAAAUGACAAGAAAACACAUAGGCAAAUCUAUAUCUCAUAACUAAAUAUUUUCUCCUUUUUGACUUUAUUGUUGCCCUGUAUAUCCCUUCUUUUUCAUGUUCAUUGACUGCUGACAUACAAUUUGAAUAGUUAAUGAAGGCAAACGCAUUGUUGUCUUUGCCUUAACUGUUGUCAGUUUUCAACUGACAUUUAAUAACAUUAAAUAACUAUUUCACCAUGGCUUAUCACUAAGGAAAAUAUUAGAGUUUUCUUGUUACCUGAAACAUUACUGAUUCUACACACAAUUCAGUAAUUGCACAAUGCUACAAUUAGGGAGAUCACAUUUCAACAGCCAGCCAAAUGCAUCAGUAUAUUGAUGAAAACAAUCACAGUAGAACUAGUAAAGUACUGUAUUUUAUAAUACACAUAAACUAUCUUGUCCACCAAUAUAUAGUAAUGUCUAUAUGCUAUAAAAAUGAAUGCACCUCUAAAGGAGGCAAACAAUUUAUAUAAAAGGGAGUUAAAUUACUGUCAUCCAAAAUCAGGAAUAGGAGGGGGUGCACCAUAGGCUAGUAACUUCAAAAUGACUAAAUCCUAAGAGUCAUUAGAAUAGAGUGAGUGAAAUCAUUAUGCUGCAGCAGUAGUGAGUAAACCUGGAAUAUCAUGAGGCAGAGGGAAAAAGCAUCCAUGUUUCCAUGACCUAUUUUUCCAAACCACCUCUCUGCAUGCCUUGCUUGCAGUGGCUGUUAUAGAAAAAGGAAAGUACUCUAGCUGCACAUGAGUGGAAUGGAAACUCCCCACAGUGAGCCCUUCUGACUCAUAAAGGGAUUACAUGAAACAACCGAAAGUGAAGAAGCAAACAAAUGCAUUUAUCAUGGACUAAGACUACUGAAUAAAAUACUUGUGGGUGGUGUCAGAUCAUCAUACAUUUCGAUAUUGAUUCUAUCAAUCUAUGUUGUUAAGAAGGAUUGCAAUUCUCUUGAGAUGGUAAUGGUGGAGGGCAUGAAGCUCAUUAAUACCUAAUUCAAAAGUCUUCACUAGUAGAACCCUUAGGUAUGUUCCAUAUGGCACCCUACUCCAUAUAUAGUGCAUUACACUCUUAACACCUUUGUCCAAAUGGCACCCUAUUCCAUAUAUAGUGCACUACACUUAUAACACCUUUUUUUCUAUCUAGAACCUAUAAGGGUUCUUCGGCUAUCCCAAAGGUAAACCCUUUGAAGAACCCUUUUUGGUUCCAGGUAGAACCCUUUUGGGUUCCAGGUAGAACCCUUUUGGGUUUCAUGUAGAACCCUCUGUGUAAAGGGUUCAUGGAACCAAAAUUGUUCUUCCUGGACCCAAAAAGGGUUCUUCAAAGGGUUCUCCCUUUGGACAGCCAAUUAACCCUUUUAGAUUCGAAAUAGCACCUUCUUUUCUAAGAGUGUACCCACUCUUCCUUAAUAAAUAAUGCAUAUUUUUAUGACUUUACAUCUGUAAUGGCUCUGGUCAAUUUACACAGGAACUGUACAUCACACACUUUGAGCUGAGCUGAUGACUUGCAACACAUAGGCUCCAGUAGCUUUCCACAUUCACAUAAAGGCUUGAAGAGGGCUGAAACAAUGAGGUUCUCUGUUGGUGGCAUGCAGGCAGUAACUCCACAACGACAACAGAAUGAAUAGAUGAAUGCUUGCCCUGUGGUCGAAACAAAAAGUCCUCAUCAAUCAACUUCAAUUUGAAAAAGGCUGAAAAAGCUUCUGGAAUUCUUUGAUCAGUUUCCCUGGAGAUGAACUGUAAUAAUUGUAAUUUGCACGGAUCCACUGGCGAGUCAGACUUCAUUUACUGUAACUAAGUAAAAUAUUCAGCAACACAUCAGGUUGAUUCACAAUAGUGCCCUGUGGAAAACAAUUUAUUCAUGAUUGAAUGACAACACCGUUAUAGACUGUUUAUUACAAGCAGAAAUUCAGUGACCAAACUUCUCAUGACAGAAUUGGAAACAUUUAGCUGAUGGCAGACAAUAAGACACAGGUUACCUGGUUAAAACUGUAAUGUUGUGCACACUAUGAACUAUGAUAAGUAUGUUUACAAGUAUGUACUGCGUCUGCUUUACAGAGAAAGCCAGAGAAUACCUGCACAAAACAGGGAAGUUCAUUGUGAUUGGGGGCAUCAUCUCUCCUGUACAUGACUCCUAUGGAAAACCGGUACGAAAUUAUUUGAUAUCUACGAAGUGGAUUUGUUUGAGUAACUAACAAACAACCACCUCAACCAAUGAUCUGAUUUGAUUGACAGGAGUACAAUUUAGAGCAAAUUAACUGGUGGUUAUUUUUAUGAAUGAGUGAUCGCUUUGGGUGGUCCUCCUGUGUAGGUGUUGUUGCUGCAUUCAGAUUAUAUAAGCCACCUCUAAUACUAUCGUCAUCUAUUCUCCUGAGCCAUUUCUGGAAUAAAUUAAAAGCUUGUCCCAGUUUCUCUCUCUAUAAGAAACAGAAAACAUGAAUAAUAAAUGUAAGAGAAAUGCUGUUUCAGUCAGAUCAUGAAUCUUCUGUGCAUUUUUUUCAUCACUGUGUCUCUAGCAUGAAUGAGGAUUGGAUUAGUAUGUUAUCAUUGUUGUGGUUGCACAAAUGAUUUACAUCAGUUAUAGACUGUAAUCUUCAGCCAUUUUCCACAAAUCUAUAUUCCUCAUAGAUAAAACAUGUAAAACCAGUCGAUUACCAUGCAGAGGCACGCAAUAGAGAGAAUGAACACAAUGUCUGCAUCCCAAAUGGCACCCUAUUCCCCAAAUAUUGCACUAUAUAGGAAAUAGGGUGUGAUUUGGGAUGCACACAACGAACACAAUGGCAGCAGCUUAUUGAUCCCCUGUGUGUUCACAGGGUCUGGUCCCCAGCAGACAUCGUCUCACCAUGUGUCAACUGGCAGUCCAGUCCUCUGACUGGAUCAGGUGAGUCAGUGGAUAUAUCCGUUCAGAACAACAAGACUGCGUACCAAAUGGCACCCUAUUCCCUACAUUGUGCACUACUUUUGACAAGAACCCAAUGGGCAUGGUCAAAAGUUGUGCACUAUAAAGGGGAUACUGUGCCAUUUGGGACACAGUCCAAGUGAAUCUUGAAUGGCAGUAAGUAUCUUGAAUGGACUCUAUUAGUCCCAUGAGACAGGAUGUGUUUCUGGCAAUGUCAUUAACAAGACACAGUGUGAGGUAUUUAGCAGAUGUGCAAUAUCAUCAGUUCUAUUAUCCUACUAAUGAGAAGGAUAGAGAUCAGGGCCCGUAUUCAUAAUCUAAAAGUAGUAGGAAUGCUGAUCUAGGAUCAGUUUUGCCUUUUAGAUUAUGAUGAAUAGACAGGGGGGGACCUGAUCCUAGAUCAGUACUUCUUCUCUGAGGCGUUUUAUGAAUACAGGCCCAGAAGUACACAGCUGUUCAUCUAUCAUGUGUUAUUUUCCUGCAGAGUGGAUCCCUGGGAGUGCUACCAGGACACAUGGCAGACUACGUGCAGUGUGCUGGAACAUCAUCGUGACCUCAUGAAGGUAAGCCAGGCCAACUCAGGGAAUAACGACUGGUUACGGUUACUCAGACCACACUGUAUUGCAUGAGCUGUACAUUCGGCAGUGAAGGAUAAUAUCAAGAGCAAUUUGAUAAAAAAUUUGGUAGUUCAGAGAGAAGAGAGUUCAAGGUAGCCUACACUAAAUGCCUCAGACUUAGCUACUGUGUAUGGAAUGUAUUCAUAGAUGAUGUAUUAAUGCACGGCCCACUGGCUAGUUGACGUGUGUGGUGGAAGUAUUUAUAAGGACUAAGAGCAAUUUGAACUGUUUUUAUAAAUGACCCGUACCUUUACUGUAUGCUGGGAUUGUUUCCACGGCAACUAAAUAUUAUGUUAUUUUCAAACAUCUGCUGUAGAAUCAGCCUGGUAUCAGCAGAAAAGCAUCAAUCUGGCUUAUGUGAAUACAUUGCAUUCACUCGGGGGGGAAGAUUAGUGUCACAAUAUUGAUGCCUAGAGUUACGCAUCAGAUACAUGAUGCCUAAGUGAAUACAUUGCAUUCAAUGGGGGGAAGAUUAGUGUCACAAUAUUGAUGCCUAGAGUUACGCAUCAGAUACAUGAUGCCUAAGUGAAUACAUUGCAUUCAAUGGGAAAAAGAUUAGUGUCACAAUAUUGAUGCCUAGAGUUACGCAUCAGAUACAUGAUGCCUAAGUGAAUACAUUGCAUUCAAUGGGGGGAAGAUUAGUGUCACAAUAUUGAUGCCUAGAGAUACGCUUCAGGGUCUUGAUCCCUAAGUGAAUACAUUGCAUUCAAUGAGAUUGAUGCAUAGAAAUGCAUCAAGUAGUUGACACAUAAAUCAAUUGCAUUCAUGUCUUUGUCAUUUAGCAGACGCUCUUAUCCAGAGCGACUUACAGUUAGUGAGGCAUACAUUAUUUUUUUAUUUUUCAUACUGGCCCCCCGUGGGAAUCGAACCCACAACCCUGGCGUUGCAAACGCCAUGCUCUACCAACUGAGCUACAUCCCUGCCGGCCAUUCCCUCCCCUACUCUGGACGACGCUGGGCCAAUUGUGCGCCGCCCUCUUCUCUCUCUCUUCCCUCCCGCCCUCCCUCCUCCCUCCCUCCCUCCCUCCCUCCCUCUCUUUGCCUCCCUCUGCCUCUCUCUCUACCUCAUCUUUAUCCCCUUUCCUUUUCUUCUCACCCCUCCCAUUCUUUCACCCCCUCCACCCUCUACCCUUCCCUCCCUCUCUCUCUCUCUUCUCUCCCUCAUUCUCUCUCUCGCUCUCCUUCCCCCUCUAUCUAUCUCUAUUCUAUAAUCCCCCCUCUAUAUAGCAAAAAAGUUGGUGCUAAAUUUGAAAUGUGUAAUUUGGUGAAAGACUCAGACAGACAGACACACUCACAGACAGACGGACAGACAGACAGACAGACAGACAGGCAGACAGACAGACAGACAGACAGACAGACAGACAGACAGACAGACAGACAGACAGACAGACAGACAGACAGACAGACAGACAGACAGACAGACAGACAGACAGACAGACAGACAGACAGACAGACAGACAGACAGACAGACAGACAGACAGACAGACAGACAGACAGACAGACAGACAGACAGACAGACAGACAGACAAACAGAGGUCCUCUAGUAUUGCAAGACCAUUGUGUCCAAUGGAGGUCCAAAAUAAUUUUGGGCCGAUUGACUUCAAAUUUCAUAUGCCGGGUCAUAACAGUCGCCGGUCACAAAUGUGUAAAAUUCCUAGAGAUAAGGUGCUUUUGACAUCAUUAGAAUGAUUAAGUCUAGAAACACAAUUCACAUAUGGGAUCGUUCAGCAGACACUCCCGAUGAACGCAAGCCUACACCUGACCAUGUGAAAUUAACUCUUCACAGUGAAAACAUUUUUCCAUAGAAAAACAUUACGUACAGCCAUUACAUAACCAUGACGCCCCCGUGGACUGCGAUUGAGCUAGCUAACCAUCCUUGCAGACAACCCAUCGUGACUUUACAGGGAUGCCUUGUGAUGAGGUUCAGCUUCCUGUGGCAACGGGAAGUGGCUUAAUUCAUCCUCAAGAUGGUCCUUCAUUCUCACCCUGCAGUUACACAAAAACACUGGAUUCCAUCCUCUGUGAAACGGUCAGUUCUUAACGUCAAAGCUUGAAACUGGGGCAUUGAAACUGGGGCAAGUGACCCCAGGAGGCCUUCUGACUCAUAAAGGGAUUACAUGAAACAACCGAAAGUGAAGAAGCAAACAAAUGCAUUUAUCAUGGACUAAGACUACUGAAUAAAAUACUUGUGGGUGGUGUCAGAUCGUCAUACAUUUCGAUAUUGAUUCUAUCAAUCUAUGUUGUUAAGAAGGAUUGCGAUUCUCUUGAGAUGGUAAUGGUGGAGGGCAUGAAGCUCAUUAAUACCUAAUUCAAAAGUCUUCACUAGUAGAACCCUUAGGUAUGUUCCAUAUGGCACCCUACUCCAUAUAUAGUGCAUUACACUCUUAACACCUUUGUCCAAAUGGCACCCUAUUCCAUAUAUAGUGCAUUACACUCUUAACACCUUUUUUUCUAUCUAGAACCUAAAAGGGUUCUUCGGCUAUCCCAAAGGUAAACCCUUUGAAGAACCCUUUUUGGUUCCAGGUAGAACCCUUUUGGGUUUCAGGUAGAACCCUCUGUGUAAAGAGAGAGAGCGAAGGGGGGGGGGGUGGGGGGAGUUGGGGGAUAGGGAAAGAGAGGAGAGAGAGAGAGGAAAAUGAUAAAUAGAAGGGAGAGAGGAGGGGGUGAAAGAAGGAGAGGGAGAGCAAAGAGAAGGAUGGGGGAUAUAAGGAGGUAGAGAGAGAGACAGAGGGAGGCAAAUAGAGGGAGGGAGGGAGGGUUGGUGAAUAGAGAGAGAGAGUGAUAGAUAGAGGGAGAGAAAGAUAGCAAGAGGAAGGGAGGGGGAGAGAGAAGAGAGAGAGAUGGAGAGGGGGAUUACAGAAUAGAUAGAGAGAGAGAGAGAGAGAGAGGGGAGGGAGAGAGAGAGGAGGGUGAGAGGGUGGAGGGGUGAAAGAAGGGAGAGAGAGAGAGAGAGAGAGCGCACUUUGGCGCUUAUCUCUAGGCAUCAAUAUUAUGACACUAAUCUUCCCCCAAUUUAACAUAAUGAAUGCACAUACUCGUUAUGUUUCUUGAUGUGUCACUUUUUGCAAAAACGUACCAGAUUGACACUUUUCAAUUACAUCAUGUUGGUAGUAUGUGACAAAUCCAAUCCUUCCAUCAGAAUGUGGGCAAUCUGUUUGUGCUGCUGACCUAAGCUGGAUCAAAUUCCCUGGGACUACAAGUGUCAAUUAUGGUGUUUUCCUGUCCACAGAGAGUCACAGGGUGUAUUCUAUCCAAUGUGAACACACCGUCCACAACUCCAGUGAUCGGCCAACCACAGAAUAAGACUCAGACUGCCAUCUAUCAGAACCACAACACAAUAAACAACAAGCCCAUUGCCAGUGAGUGAUUGUGUAUAUAUACAAACGUAUUUGAGAUAAAAAUGUAUGCCAUUUGGAUUAGGAUGAGAAUCAAGGUCUAAUUCCUUGAAAAUCUGCAAUAUAAUUUAUUGUUGAUGAAAAAGAGGAAACGUUGUUAUAAUGUACAGGGAAAUUAAUUGUCUGCUCUGUAAAUAUUUUUCAAUGGAUGUAAUUUGCCGCUAGAAAAUGUCUGAUGUUUUCUUCCAUAUUAAGAUAAAGGCGAAAGAAACGCACACCUAUUUAGGCGAGGUGCUGGCUGACGGCGUAAAACACUUGAAAAAGAAAAGGAAAGCCGGACACUCUAGGAGCUCAGAUGCAAUAAUUUAAUAUCCUAAUAACCAACGUUUCGACAGACAAGCUGUCUUCAUCAGGGUAUAAUAUUAUACGUUGGUUAUUAGAAUAUUACAUUAUUGCAUCUGAGCUCCUAGAGUGUGCGGCUUUCCUUUUCUUUUACUGAUGUUUUCUUCCAUAUACCUAAACAGUUAAGCUGUGGGGGAAGAUGAGUGAGAGCUUGGGCAAAAUUUGCUGUGUUCGCCCCCACAUUGACCGUUUCACCUUUGUAGGUAAGUAGGCUACACAAGCAACUUCCUGAAAAACAUACAAUUCUAAGUGUAUAGUAAGGUCACGAUUGAUUAAUGAAAUUAUAACCUUGUAUCAUUUUUUAUUUUAUCUCAAAAGAUGAAAAUGCCAACCUUGGCACUGCAAUGCGAUAUGAGGAAAUUGGUGAGUUAACACUCUUUUGUAUGUCUCCAUAAGAUUUAUAUAUUACCAAUAUUGCAUACAGUCUGUAUAUCGUCAGAAUACAAAAGCUUUUGCUUAGGUCAUUAGAUUUUCCCUUAACGACCCAUAAUAACUUCAUUAUCGAAUCAUUGAAAAGGAAGUUAUCUUAUCCAACUCUUUGUUUAUUGGGUGUCUAAUUUCUGUCUUCCUCUCUAUUGUCCAGAGUUGCGCAUCUUGCUCCUAUGUGGCAGUGAUCUUCUGGAGUCAUUCUGCAUCCCUGGCCUAUGGAAAGACAGUGAUGUAAGCCCUCUCACUCUUUCUCUUACCCAUCUUCUUAGGUCUGUUGUGAAAAAUAAUUGUAUUUCUUUGCAUAGUAUAUAUACCUGCCUAAUGGCAUGCGCUAAAGUUCUAUUAAAGCAAACAUAGUCAGACCUGUAGAGGUCAAAGGGAACACUGCAAGACGAAUAGUUUUGAAUAAUGACGACAUUUUAAUCUAUCCAGUGUCCACUUAGAGUCAUGAAUGCAAAUGAUUUGAUACCCUAAUGAGCAUAAUGUUGCAUUCGAGAUACUUUACCAAAACUAUUACAGUCACCCAUUUCAUUAGCAUUGGAAGGUAAUACUGCAAUGUGUCAUACAAAUGGUUUGCAGAUGGAGGUGAUUGUGGGAGACUUUGGGAUUGUUGUUGUGCCUCGGGACGGAGUUGAUACAGAGAGGAUAAUGAACCAUUCCUCUGUGCUGCGCAAGUACAAGGUAGAAUCUACAUUAUGAGCCUAUGAGUCAUGAGCUUGGUGAAAAGUGGAAAACCAAUAAGCUUGAUAAUGUAAUCUAUUAAAAGCGUAUUAUGUUAAUGUAUUAACAUCAACUCUGAACCACAUAAAAUUAUAAAUGUCAAUUUAUUAAUUCUAUAACGUGUAAAACUUUUUUUUCCAGGAUAACAUCACUGUAGUAAAAGACGAUGCCAACCACCCAAUGUCCAUUGUCAGUUCAACCAAGAGCAGGUUAGUGUGAAUUGUAAACUGGGUGGUUCGAGCCCUGAAUGCUGAUUGGCUGACAGCCGUGGUAUAUCAGUAUACCACAGGGAUGACAAAACAAUUUUUUUUUUUUUUUACUGCUCUAAUUACAUUGGUAACCAGUUUAUAAUAGCAAUAGGCACCUCGGGGGUCAUGCCUAAGAACAGCCCUUAGCCGUGGUAUAUUGGCCAUAUACCACACCCCCUCAUGCCUUAUUGCUUAAUUAUAAUUGAUCUACCAUCAUUGGGCCUCCAUUAGGAAUAUUUAAUAAAUAAUGAUGGACUGUUCUUUAUUAUUAUUGUCUCUUUUUCACUCUGGAAAAGUUUGGUUAUUUUUCACAAAUAUGGAUGUCUCUUAAUGUACCACUUCGGUUGCUGUUUAGUGGCUCUUGGGUGUAACCAAAACGUUUGCUAAACAUUAGGGGGCAGUUUCCCGAACACAGAUUAAGCCUAGUCCUAGACUAAAAAGCUAUUUCAAUGUAGAUUCUCCAUUAAGCUUGCUUUUUAGUCCAGGACUAGGCUUAGUCUGUGUCCAAGAAACCGCACCUAGAGGUUGAACUAAGCUGUUCCCAUAGAACAUUCUAAUCAUUGUAAUUCUAUGGUUGUUCCCUUCCCUCAGACUGGCCCUGCAGCACGGUGACGGCCAUGUGGUGGACUACCUGAACCAGCCAGUCAUCGACUACAUCCUGCAGAGUCAGCUCUACAUCAAUGCUUCUGGAUAG